AUGGAUUGGCUUCUUGCUCGCGCGAAAUCCAAACGCAAUCGACUUCUCAAGCGGAAAACCCCUUCACGUACGAGUAGUAGAGCACCCUCUACGACGCCAAGCGGUCAUCAAAAGUUCGAUGAGGCGACAGGACAGGUUUACACAGAAACAACUACUGCCAUUGAGACGGCAAAUGAUCUCGACUGGACGCGCCGAACCGUUCUUGCUAUUGGCCCGGACUGGCGUGAGCAGGAAGAAGUAGCCCUCAUCGAGGCAUGGAGGGCAAGUCAAAAUAAAGGUGUCGACCCCGAGAUACUGGGAAGUUAUCGUGGAUAUCUAGACAAUGUCAGAAACUCGAGGAUUUGGGGCUUCAGAGGAGCCCGAUCUCUUCAAGAUGUCGCCGUGGAAGCCAUCGUGCAAAAUAUCACCGAGAUUACUUUGGAGGGAAUGGAAUGUCUGCCUGUCCAAUUAGUACGUCGUAUAUGGCACGCUGUCGACAAGAGAUGCUUGAUAUCCCUCGAUACCUGGUUGAUCUUCUCCAAACUUCUACACAAGGAGGAAGAGUCAACAUUGAAGCUUAUGAGAUAUCGUCAAGACAUCGCAGCACCCAAGGCGCCUCUUCAAGUGUAUACAGCUCCACUCAUAUCACCGUCUUUUGACUUCAUAACUUGCUUAAGCAUCACAAUUGUUUCUAAAAUUUCCGACCUUGUCAAAAUCUCUUUGAUGAAGAACCUUGGGUCCCUCGAGAUUAUUCAUACACGACAGAACUCAGCAACCCGAUCACCAGUGACUGAUAGACUAAUGCGGUCCUGGCAUCAAGCUGCGAUGGACGAUGGGGCUUUCCCUGUUUUAAGAAUCAUGAGGCUCUGGAGUCAUCCAGAAUUAACUUCCAAAUCCCUUGUGUACCUCAACAGCUUUCCGGCGAUGGCUGUUUACGAUGUGCGAUGGUGUGCUUUCGAUCUGGACGCAAACUUUAGGUUACAUGCGAAGAACCUUGGGUGGGUAGCUACCCUGGAGCCGGAUGUCCUUGGUCUAAUGGAAGCUGCUUGCCUGGAAAGAGCCUUCAGGAUGCGAGACGAUAACGCUAAAUCCGUCGAGAAAGCAGCUGCUCACCAGCUACGGGAUGGAUCGAGCAUCAGAAGAAUUCCACGAUCCAAGGUACGAGCGUUUCUCACUCAGUCUGAGCUUCCAGUCGCGGGAGAUGCAGUCUCUGAACGUUCUGUGUACGCUCGGAUUCAAGAAGAUAUGGGCAUUUUGGAGCCUCAAUAUCCAGAGAAAGAUACGAAGGACUCACGACGGAAGAAUCGCGUUUCUACUGGGAAUAUCCAGGUUCGACCACCGCUUUCAAAGCAUCGAGCCGCUGAGACCUGGGAGUUCCCUCUAUACACGACAUUCUCAAAGAUCGGGGAGUUGAGAAACGAUUUGGAUCUAAAGAGAGCGGGUGUUGACAUCGGAGAUCUGGUUGUGGUAGACAACGAAUUGGUCAAUUCAGUUCCUAUGGUCUCACUUCGUCUUGGUCCCUCGAAGGGAUGGCUGCAGGAUUUCCCUUACAGCUCUUCAAAGUCAACAUACAGCCAUUCCAACGCUUCGUCCUCAUCCGUCUUUGAAUCAGAUGAUCGGCCGGGUGGGGAGAAACCAGAGGCCCUCGCUUUCAUCCGGGUCAAGGCACCAGAACCGGGGGAGAAGAUGAAGAGAGUGAUGUCAGCAGGUGCAAUAUUAAGCCCAAAUGGUGGACACAUCGGCGACGCUUUCGAAGUUUGGGUUGAUGCUAAGAAGCGGGCAUCAUCUCAGAGUACCACCCCUGUGAAGGCGAAUCGAGACAAUUUCAUGAAGAGGAAAAAGCGGAAGAUCGGGGAUGUAUUGAGUUCAUUCCUUUGA